UACCUAGAUGAAAUGAUCCGUCUAGAGGGCCACAGUGAUGAAAUAGCUCGAGAGACAUGUGAUUGCAAGGGUGAAGAACCUUUACUUUACCGCUGCCGGGAUUGCUUUGGAGCAGAAAUGGUGUGCUGUGCAUGUGUUCUUCAAUGGCAUGCACAUAAUCCACUCCAUAGAGUUGAGGAGUGGUGUGGCACAUUUUUUGUGCAAGUCUCUCUGAAGCUGCUUGGCUUGCAUAUCCAGCUCGGACACAAUCUGGGGGAGAAGUGUUAUAACCCUGAAUCUGCCACUGGCAAUGAUUUUGUUGUCAUAGACAUACAUGGUAUCCAUGAAAUCAGCCUCGACUUUUGUGGCUGUGAAAUGGCCCAAAUCCAUUACAAACAGCUUAUUCGUGCUCGAUGGUUUCCAGCCACUUCAAAGAAACCUCAAACUGCCACCACAUUUGCACUGAUGGAGUUCUUCCACCUCCUCACAUUCAAAUCAAAGGUAUCCACAUACAAAUUUUACCACAGUAUCGCUAGACAGACAGAUAACACCAGCACCACACCAAUUAGGGUACGUCUGUAUUAA